UAUAAUGCCAGAACUAGGAGCAAAUCCAGUUUGCUGAUGACAUGCAGGAGUUCACCAAAUUCCCCACCAAGACUGGCCGAAGAUCUUUGUCUCGCUCCAUCUCUCAGUCCUCCACUGACAGCUACAGUUCAGCUGCGUCCUACACGGAUAGCUCUGAUGAUGAGGUCUCUCCUCGAGAGAAGCAGCAAACCAACUCCAAGGGCAGCAGCAAUUUCUGUGUGAAGAACAUCAAGCAGGCAGAAUUUGGACGCCGGGAGAUUGAGAUUGCAGAGCAAGACAUGUCUGCUCUGAUUUCACUCAGGAAACGUGCUCAGGGGGAGAAGCCCUUGGCUGGUGCUAAAAUAGUGGGCUGUACACACAUCACGGCCCAGACAGCGGUGUUGAUUGAGACACUCUGUGCCCUGGGGGCUCAGUGCCGCUGGUCUGCUUGCAAUAUCUACUCAACUCAGAACGAAGUGGCUGCAGCGUUGGCUGAGGCUGGAGUUGCAGUGUUUGCUUGGAAGGGCGAGUCUGAAGAUGACUUCUGGUGGUGUAUUGACCGUUGUGUGAACAUGGAUGGGUGGCAGGCCAACAUGAUCCUGGAUGAUGGGGGAGACUUAACCCACUGGGUUUAUAAGAAGUAUCCAAACGUGUUUAAGAAGAUCCGAGGCAUUGUGGAAGAGAGCGUGACUGGUGUUCACAGGCUUUAUCAGCUCUCCAAAGCUGGGAAGCUCUGUGUUCCAGCCAUGAACGUCAACGAUUCUGUUACCAAACAGAAGUUUGAUAACUUGUACUGCUGCCGGGAAUCCAUUUUGGAUGGCCUGAAGAGGACCACAGAUGUGAUGUUUGGUGGGAAACAAGUGGUGGUGUGUGGCUAUGGUGAGGUCGGAAAGGGCUGCUGUGCUGCUCUUAAGGCCCUCGGAGCAAUUGUCUACAUCACAGAAAUCGACCCCAUCUGUGCCCUGCAAGCCUGCAUGGAUGGAUUCCGGGUGGUAAAACUAAAUGAAGUUAUCCGGCAAGUCGAUGUCGUAAUAACUUGCACGGGAAAUAAGAAUGUAGUGACACGGGAGCACUUGGACCGCAUGAAAAACAGUUGUAUCGUCUGUAACAUGGGCCACUCCAACACAGAAAUCGACGUGACCAGCCUCCGCACUCCAGAGCUGACGUGGGAACGAGUGCGUUCUCAGGUAGACCAUGUCAUCUGGCCCGACGGCAAGCGUGUUGUCCUCCUGGCAGAGGGCCGUCUACUCAAUUUGAGCUGCUCCACUGUUCCCACCUUCGUUCUGUCCAUCACAGCUACAACACAGGCUUUGGCACUGAUAGAACUCUAUAAUGCACCUGAAGGACGAUACAAACAGGAUGUAUACUUGCUUCCUAAGAAAAUGGAUGAGUAUGUUGCCAGCUUGCACCUGCCAUCCUUUGAUGCCCACCUGACUGAGCUGACAGAUGACCAAGCAAAAUACCUGGGACUCAACAAAAAUGGGCCAUUCAAACCCAAUUAUUACAGAUACUAACGGACCAUACUACCAAGGACCAGUCCCCAUGAACCACACAACUCUUAAAGAAAUAUUUUUUAAGAUAACUUUUAUUUUCUUCUUAUUCCUUUCCUCUGAUUUUUUUUUUCCUAUAAUUUCAUUCUUGUUUUUUCAUCUCAUUAUCCAAGUUCUGCAGACCACACAGGAACUUGCUUCAUGGCUCUUUAGGUGAAACUGAGGUUCAAGGUUUCUCUCCCUAGUCACUAAAGAAGGAUUUUACUCUCCCAGUCCAGAAAGGUGAUUCUCCCUUUACCAUUUCUGGGGACUUUAGUCUUAAUUGGGUAUCUUAUUAACAGGAAAUGCUAAGGUACCUUCUAUGUGGAACAAUCUGCAAUGUCUAAAUUGCCUUAAAAGAGCCCAUUUCUUAGCUGCUGAAAUCUGUGCUCUUUAACUUCUUCAGAGGAGCAGGGAUGGUACCUACCAGCCAGGUAGGUUAGAUGUAGGUGGUGCAUGUUAAUUUCCCUUAGAAGUCCCAGCUCUGUUUCCUGUGUGAAGGUGGUCUGUCUUCUUCGGAGAUGUGUACCUAGUGAGUGUUCUUGUUAAGAUCCAGUAGGCCCAUUUGGAUUUGUAGUACAGCCCUUCCUCCACUCCCACCAGACUCUCAUUUUUCUAGUUUUUAACUAGACUGCACUCUAUUAAGUUUCGUCCCCUAGCAUUUAUUUCUAUCAAACAAAAAUAUAUAUAUAUAUAUAUUUUAGUGUUAACACUGAGGAACUGCUCGGGUGGUUAGUUGUUAUCAUUUUCUCUUUUGAGCCUUUAGAUCUAAGAGUACAGAGUUGAGUCUAGCGAAGUCCUAGUCUCAAACUCUGCCAAGUCCCUCUGUUUCUAGCCCUAGUUUAUAGCAUCAGUGAACUGGAGCCAUAACAGCAAAUUCUGUCAGCUCUGCCCUAUACAGCUUGUGCUGAAGGCAAACUUUAUGAGCCAUUACUCAGUAUAAAGCACUGAGCUCUAUCUUUAGGAUUUAUCCUUUAAGAGCAAAUUUCUGGCCAGCUGUGCUUCUGCAACCUAAAAAUAUUUAAAGGGAGGUAGGUGUGGAGGAGAGGAGGAAUGAUAAAUUCGGCCAGGAUGAAAGAAAUGUAGCUGCAUUUGUCUGGAACUCUAGGCCCUAUAUAACAUUAGUUUUAUAGAAAGGGUACUACUUUUGAUGGACACAUAACACAAAAAGUUGUGUGGACUAAGAUCUUAAAAAGCAGUUUGUGUGUAGAGAAAAGUCAGUACUACCUGGCUCACACUCUGAAAAAAACCCGAGAGAAGCUUUCAAGAUUGGAGAGAUGUAUUCCUAUGCCAUGCAUCCUGCUUACCAGCAUUUCUGCAUGGUCAAAUGAGCUUUAUGCUCAGAAGCUUUAAGUAUAUACUUAUCCAGGAUUUUAAAUCUUCAACUUGUUCUAGCUUGUGAUCCUUCAAGUUGGGUCAUGCAUUAGUGCUAGAUACUAGAAAUUGUCAUUUCUCUUUCCACUGAGUAAGAGACAGACAUUAAAAACAAAUGUUCAGAAAGGACAACUUUCACCCUGCAGCUUCCUAGCAGGGGACAACUGUCUUGCCAAAACUUUUUCCCCUUUCCUCUCCCAUUUCUUCCCACCCGUUCCCCCAUUCCCUUCCCACUCCUUGACAGUGUGACCAUGCUUUCUUCUCUGUAGAUGCUAACAGUUGAAGCCCUUUUUCCUAGGGCACUUGACCAGCCAAUCAGAACACCAUAUCCACUAGGGGAGGUAACCUGGCCAACAGUGUGUCCAUCGCAUAGCUCUCCUUGAGGGAAGGGGCACAGAUCCUGCUGCCCUCUGCCUGCCCCCUGAUCCCAUGUCUAUUAUUGUGUCCAUAGGAAUGAUAGGUAAGGGCUCCGUCUCUGUCAAGCCAUGUUACACAGGACACUGUAGAAAAAUGUCUGGCAUCAGAGGGAGCAUGUGGAGAGCAACUUGGAAGGAACAAGUUCAUUUUGUACUGAAUGAUUUUUAAUGAAUGCAAUAUUAAUCCUUGCAGAUGAGCAAUAAUCAUUAAAGUCAAUUAAAAUGAUAAGACAUUA